AUGGGCGUAGAUUAUUAUAACAUAUUGAAAGUAAACAGAAAUGCAAGCGACGAUGAUCUGAGAAAAUCAUACAAACGUUUAGCGAUGAUAUGGCAUCCUGACAAGAAUCCUACCACUAAAAGAACCGAAGCGGAGGCUAAAUUCAAACAAAUCUCCGAAGCCUACGAUGUCCUUAGUGAUCCACAGAAGCGGCAGAUCUAUGAUUUGUAUGGCGAAGAGGGCUUAAAAUCAGGGCAGUUUCCGCCGCCAACGCCUCCUUCUUCGACAUCCAGGCAUUAUUUUCAGAGGCAGCACCCGAAUCCUUCUUUCAGGUUCAAGCCGAGGGAUGCGGAGGAUAUAUACGAGGAACUGUUUGGAUCGGAGAGUGGUGCUGGUGGUGCAAAUGAAAGAGGGAAUUAUAGUAGAGGGCAUUUUAGGAAUACUUCUAAUAACAAUAGUAGUGGGAGUAGCAAUAACGGUUACUUUGGUAAUGGAGGAGACAUGAAAAAGGCCAAUGCGAUUGAGAAUUUGCUGCUUUGUAGUUUGGAGGAGUUGUAUAAAGGUGCUGUGAAGAAGAUGAAAAUUUGCAGGAGCAUUUUUGAGGGUCCUGGUAAGGUUCGGAAUGUUGAAGAGAUACUGACCAUUGAGAUAAAACCUGGUUGGAAGAAAGGUACAAAAAUCACAUUUCCUGAGAAGGGCAACCAAGAGCCUGGUAUUCUUCCUGCGGAUGUUGUUUUUGUGGUGGAUGAAAAACCACAUGCUACUUACGAGAGGGAUGGUAAUGAUCUGGUAAUCAAACAGGAGAUAACGCUGCUGGAGGCUCUCACAGGUAAAACCCUUGACCUGACUACCCUAGAUGGAAGGAAUAUCAUGCUUACACUGACAGAUAUUGUCAAACCUGGCGUUGAGGUGGUUGUCCCAAAUGAAGGAAUGCCAAUUUCCAAGGAACCUGGGAAGAAAGGAAAUUUGAGAGUCAAGUUUGAUGUCAGGUACCCAUCAAGGCUUACCUCAGAACAAAAAUUUGAGCUAAGAAGGGUUUUGGGAAGGGUUUCCUGA